UGUCCAUUAUAUGAUCUGUAUGUUCAGCAUUUGUGACUAAUACACCCUACUGAAAAAAAACUGCAUAUGCUGGUUAGGUAUGUUUUGCUGGUUUGAGCUGUUUUAAGCUGGACAUGUGCUGGUCCUAAACUGGUAAAACCAGUUUAAGACAAGCAAAGUACCAGCAUAAAACAGCAAAGGACUAGCUUAAACCAACAUCACAGUUUAAAACAUACCUAAACAACAAUUAAAACAUUUGGUACCACAUUAUAUUAAGUGGCCAUAACUACUAUGUACUUAUAUUUAAAUUUAGCACAAUACACUUACUGUGUACAUGUACUGUUUACAUGUGUACAUAUGUUUUUCAUUGUACUUAUGUUUUAAAAAUACAUGUGUAAUUAAUUUGUAUAAUUACAUUUAUAAUUACACUGUUGAGUCAUCCCUUACACCCUAACCCACCCUUAAUCCUACCAUACCACAAACCCUGUCCCUUAUGCUAUGUUAAUAGCAGCAAGAAAGUGUUUUUCAAUUCAAUAAGAACACAAUAAGUACAUUCUACAUAUUUUUUGAUGUAAGUACAUAGUAGUUAAUUCCACUUAAUAUAAAGUGUGACCCAAAUUUUUUGCUUUGCAUGUUAUAUUGCAACACUAUAGUACACUGAACCAUAAACAUGAUAAAGCUGAUAGGCAUGAUGUGACCUUUCUGUAUUAAUGCAUGGUUGGCACAGCUCUCCGCUUGACUUUUUAUUUUCAGCUUUUUUGUCUAUUUUAUUUGUCUAUUAUUUUAGUCAGACUAAAGUGUUUACAUUUGAAGUGCCACUUUCAAAUGUAUGCAAAUCUUUGACAGCCAAAGUCUGCCUAACAAUAUUGCUUAAUCAUAACAUCCUGUUGUAGAUGUUGCUCUGUAAUUGUCUGUAUAUCUUCUUCCCUUCUGCUUGGUUUCACACUUUAUGCAACUUAAGUUUAGAUUGUAAUGUUUUUGACAUUUAAUAGGUUUUUAGUUCUCGACACCCCUCGAGAUGCCAAAUAGGAAACGAAGUAUUUGUUAAUAGUGAAUAUGGCAUUACAUGUUUAUGUCUUAUGCAGCAAUGUCCUAUUUGUUCUAACUUGGUCAAAAGUUAUCAAAUAAUUGUACUAAUAGCCAGUAAACUACUGUUUCUAAAAUCUAUGGUGUUGCUAUAGUUGCAUAUGUCUGGGUUCCCAAUUCCAAUUCCCGAAAACAGGAGAUAUAUGAAUACCAGUCCUAGCCCUGGUUAAAAUUCUAGCUGCUGAAUUCUGCAUGUAUUGCAAUUUGUAAAGAGAAGAUUUUAACACUACAACAGAGAAAGCAUUGCAAUAAUCAAUUUGUGACAAAGCAAAAGAGUUAUUCAAUCUUUUAGCAACAGAAAAGGGCCACACUGGCCAAAUAUGUGCAAUAUUUCUAAGAUGAAAAAAGGAGGUCUUUAUUGUGUUAUGUACAAAAGGCUCAAAUGACAGGGUGGCAACAAAGAUAAAUUUUUGUUUACUUUGUAGCUCUAGGGCAACACUAUCAACUGACAGAUCCGUAGAAGUAGAAUUUUGCAGAUGUUUGGGAGAGACAAAAAGCAUAACUUCAGUUUUAGAACUAUUCAGAUACAGAAACUUGUCAGACAUCCACAAGUUCUCAGAAAUACAGUUGGAAAGAUGAGAAACAUCCACAAAUCGACCAAGUUGAGAAUGUACAUCUGAAUGAAUCAUGUAAAUCUAAGUAUCAUCACCAUAGAAGUGAUAGCUUGAGGUUAAUGGAUCUUAAUAGCUAACCAAAAUGAUAGAUAUAAAUGUUAAAAAGCAGGGGACCAAGAACUGAGCCCUGUUAGACACCAUACAAACAGGAUCCUUAUAAGAUCUGGAACCAUCCAUUAAAACAGUAGGACUUUUAUAAAGAAACAAACUUCAUCAGUGGGUACUCCACCAAGGACUGUUUAUGACACCCCGGUCUGUGUUUCUCUGUCUGGUCCUAAAGACUCUUAUUUUGUAUUGUGUGUGUUUGUGUUUCCUAUUUUCUCUGUGUUCCCUUGUCACAUUGCCCAUGUUUGUUCCUAUGGUAACUGAUUAACUGCUCCCUCUUGUUAUCUCGUGUACUUAAAGCCCUGUUUGUGUGUCAGUCUCUGACGAGUUUCGACCCAGUUCACUACGAAGCUUUGUAAGAAGUUAUGUACUGACUGUGAUGGCCCGAGUGGUGGCCACACAUGAGUGAUGCCCUUCUUGCUGAUCUGGAAAAUUCAGCCUUUCCCCUGGGUCGCUGUCCUGUUCUUCUUACCUCUGACCCUCCAGUAAAUUCUGAUCCCCCAUCCAGUCCUCAGGAUCCUGCAGAGAACCGACCACUCCCUCCUGCAUACACCCCGCAACAAACUGUUUCUGCUGCAAUGAAGUCUAAUGGCUCUCAGAUCUCUAACCAAGACAAACUUUACAGUACUGUAUGUAAACCACGCUUCCCACGUAUGGCAGAUGUUCCUCCUGCUUUCUCCUCAUCCUCAGUUUUGGGAGGAGGGCUGAGUGAGCUUGAUCACUUACUACAGGAGCUUAAUGCCACACAGUUCAACAUCACAGAUGAGAUUUUGGCUCAAUUUCCCAGUACCAAAAAAGAUGAGAAGUCUUCAAAGUCUGGUCCAUCCUCUACUGGCUCAGCAAAACCUUCAGCUACAUCUGCGACUUUAGAGCUGGACAAACUAAUGGCAUCUCUAUCAGACUUCAGAGUCCAAAGCUCACAGCCAGCAGCACCUGUGAGUCCUGUAGCACCUUCACCACAACAAGCUGCUUCCCCACCCCCUGCAUCCUCUGGUGGCUCACUGGACAGCAUGUUGGGUCUUCUUCAAUCAGAUCUAAGCAGGCAGGGAGUGCCUACAUCUUCUAAGGGAAACUGCUCUGCCUGUCAGAAACCAGUUGUAGGACAGGUUGUAACAGCUCUGGGACGGGUUUGGCAUCCAGAGCACUUUGUUUGCUCUGAGUGUGAGUGUGAGCUUGGCAAUUGUAAUUUCUUUGAGAAAGAUGGCCGACCAUACUGCGAGCCUGACUACUUCACCCUGUACUCGCCUCACUGCGCACAAUGCAACAAGCCCAUACUCAAUAAAAUGGUGACUGCGCUGGAUAAAAACUGGCAUCCAGAAUGCUUUAGCUGCGUGAAAUGCAGCUCAACAUUUGGAGAUGAAGGUUUUCAUGACCGUGAUGGGAAGCAGUACUGCCAAAAGUGUUUUCUGGCUCUCUUUGCCUCUCGUUGUCAAGGUUGUUCCCAGCCCAUCAUGGAGAAUUACAUCUCAGCUCUAAGUGCUCUGUGGCAUCCACAAUGCUUUGUUUGUAGAGAAUGCUAUAGCCCAUUUGUGAACGGGAGUUUCUUUGAACAUGAGGGGCAACCUUUGUGUGAAGCUCACUACCAUCAGUCCAGGGGAAGUGUGUGUCAGGCAUGCCAGCAGCCAAUCCUGGGGCGCUGUGUUACCGCGAUGGGUGCCAAGUUUCAUCCACAACAUCUGGUGUGCCACUUCUGCCUGAAACCCCUUAGUAAAGGCUGCUUCAAAGAGCAGGACAACAAACCAUAUUGCCACCCCUGCUUCAUCAAACUCUUUGGUUGAGGAGAGUGAGGAAAGAUGAUCAAGCAGAUUAUUCAACUGCCAUACAGCAUGUCAUACAAAACAAAACAAAACAAAUAUACAAAUAUACAUUGUAACGUAUUUUAUGUGAACACACUCCUACUGUAAAUAACAGAUAUAAAUAUUCCUAUCUCCUAAUUUUAAAGGUGCUCUAUGAAGGGCUUUUCCAAAAAAAAACCCCCCAAAAAAACAAAUGAAGUAUAGUAUAGUACAGUAUAGUACAAAUAUAUACUACAAAUUUCUUUAAACUAUUACUUAUGAUCUACUAUUGUCUGGUAGUGUUUGUGCAUUUCUAUGCUACAAUUUUUUACAAGAUGCUGCACGUGUUCUUGAAGCUGAUACCAUGUCAGAGGCAUUGAAGAGCAUUCUGGUCAAGUUUGAAUACUAUAAUUGAACAAGAACAGAAAAUCCUGCAUAGUGCACCUUUAAUGCUUUACCACACAAUGUUCUACAGGGAUUCUGCAAUUUGUUGCCAUUUAGAAGAUUUAGAAGAUGUGAGGGCAUUGUCACAGAAAACAUUGUUUAAAAAAGUAUUUAACUGAAUAUGUAAACAAUUUAUUAAAUUAGCAGAGAUCAGCAGCAAACAGAAUUCAGCACAAGUGCAGGUGUAAUUUUACACUGGUAGCGCAGACACAGCAUUGAGUAUAAACAGUCAAGGACCAGGUGGGAAAUGAGCAAAAUGAGUUGAAAGUAGUCAAGACUCAGCAGGGUAAAGACACACACAGGAGGGAGAGAGAAAGAGGAAGCAAACCUGUGAACUGUGACAGUCAGACUUUGAUGUUGCGUUUAUCCUAAACUCAACAGCGAUCAGGUUUGGCCCAUGGUUAAGUCUACAUCAGACCGAGAAAAGCAAUUUUAUAUUAACAUUGUUAUAUAUAAAAUUGUGCACAAAUGCAUUGUCAUGCUGCAGAAAAUGGGCCUUGCCAAAUUCUCUAGAAUGUUACUGAAUGGCAUAGCUUUAAAAUCAUUUGUAUUUGCAUACUUUUAAGUGCUUUUUAAAUCUGUAUUGGUGUCUGAUAGAGGAGACAUCCAAAAUGUACAAGGGUGGGGGCACACUAGGACAGGUUUGAAAAUCAUUGAUGAAUAACAGUGAUUGAUAAACAAAUACAGAUUUUAGAAGGAGAUUCUGUGCCCUAUCAAUCAUAUUGGAUUUUACACACACACACACACACACACACACACACACAUAUAUAUAUAUAUAUAUAUAUAUAUAUAUAUAUAUAUAUAUAUAUAUAUAUAUAUAUAUAUAUAUAUAUAUAUAUAUAUAUUGAUCAGCUGAUGACUAAUUUAUGUGGGUUUAAAGAGAGAGAAAUCAAAAAUGUGCAGUACUGGGGAGAGUCUAGGAAUAGUUUGAAAGCCUUGGACUACAAAAAUAAUCCAUUAUCCAAUUAUCCAUAUUAUAAAAUCAAGUUCAGCAAUACUUUUAGUUAUAAAACUUAUAAUAUAGGUAAUAAUGCUGUAUAAUAUUUUAUGAAUAUAAAUAUUUGGUGUCAUGAUCUGUUUGAAAAAAAAAACACUUGUAAAAGUAGUUAUAAUGCAUUAAUUAAGCCUUGUAAUGCACCUUAUGCAUUGUACAAUCUCUUACAGUUAAUAUAGUUAAUAUAUUACAACACUACAUCAAUUCACUCUGCUCUAUACAAUUUACUCUAUACAUUUUAAAUUUGGUUAUAAUUACCUACAACAAGAUAUAUUGUAUUACAUUGCACAUUAUGAAUAAUUAUAAUGUGUUAUGCCCUUUAAUAACCCUUUAUAAUGUAUUCUGGGAAAAGUGUUACUCUUAUUGUUUAAAAGACCACUUGUUCAUCAAUAAUACCAAUGUAUUUUUGGUAUUCUUCUUUUUACUCUGGUGCAUUACAUUAUGCACUAUACUGUAUGUUGUUAGAAAUGUUUGAAAUUAUUGUGGGCAAACAUUAAAUAUAGUCUUAUGCUUUUUAAGAUGAGACUCCAAGAUAAGGGAAACGCAGGGUAAUGCUCUGGUACAAUAAAAGGAAUUUUCAAAUAUUAUAGGAAAAAAACAAUCUGAAAUAUAAAAAGUGCAUCCAAAAUAGACUUAGAGGCAGUCUAAUCUCCACUUUUGAACAGAGUGGAAUAAGGUGGAAAAUGACAUUUGAUUAAAGUGGAAAAUUACAUACUCAAAUACAAAUUUCCAUUACUUGCCAAAUCACUGGCUUUUUAAAGCCUAAUGAGUUUCACGUGUUGCAGCUGUAUCAAUUAACCAGUGUCAAUGGGCCAUGAUGGACAAAACCAAGAACUACCCUACAUAUUGUAAUGUUUUAGGUCACAAUAAGGAAAUACUAUAAUCACAGUUUGUUUCAUAGCCAAUUUAUGUUCAUUUUAAAGUAAGUUUAACAGAAAUCACAGUGUCCAUUUCAGUUUGGAGAUUUUUUCUACUUCCUUAGUGUACCUGAAAUUUAGUUCUUUGUUUCUUUGGCUGCACUGCUUAUGUUGUGCAAGCUGAAUAAUUAAUCCAUAUGAUGGUACCUCAUAAUUGUCUUGAUUUAGGCCAGGGGUGUCUUAAGUCCUUGAGGGCCAUAGCCCUAGAUGCAACCCUAAUUAAACAGACCUGAUCCAGCCAAUCAAGUCAUUAAGGCUUAUUUGAAAAUACAUGGGCUGUGUUUGAAAUGGCGUACUUGCUUACUGCCCAGUAUACAGUGUAUGCUGCCUGGUAAUUUUUAAGGAAUAUUGUGUGAAACAGUAUACAAUAAGUAACAAAUGUUUUAGAGUAGUAUGCUUAAUUAUCACAUGACAAAUGCAAACUUUUAUUCAGCAGAGCUGUCGAGUCUGUUACCUUAAAAACAAAUGUCUGUUACCUUACAAACAAAUGUUUACAAAGGCUUGUUAAUAAGGCUCAUAGAAGUAAAUAAUACAUAAUCUUGUCCAAUUAAACUCAUAAUUUCAUAAUUAAUCAAAUUGACAUAUUUGACAGAACUGAAUCUGCUGAAACUGAGCUGUCUUUAACUGAACAAUUACAUUAGGGACAACUUGUAGGCUACUUGGUGAAAUCAUGCUCACCUAAUUAAUACAGUGUUUAAUAAAACAGGCGUGCUUUUAUGUAGGUUUUUGUCACAAUGCCUUUUUGUGCAUGUGGGGUUUUUUUCGUGCUGUUUAUCACAGCCAGGCAUUGGUGGGUGGAGCUAAUGUAAAUAGGUUCUGCCCUACAAAUAGUUUUAAAUUUGUCCACAUAAUACACUCUGUUCCUUUUUUAGCAGAAUUGAAGGUUGUUUGCAUAAUUGGAAGAUUGUUUUAAUUUCUAUAUUAUAUUACUGCAAUAUUAGGAUUAUUAUUUUUUAUAUUUUUGAUACAAUUAAUACUGUAUAAAGUGUGAUGACACCUGACUUGAUCAGAAACGUGCUGUAUAUUGAAGUAAAAUGUAUGUACUACCAAUGAUACUGUUUUUAGAUACACAGUACAAGCAUCUCCAUAAAUUAGAACACUGUGGAAAAGUUCAUUUAUUUCAGUAAUUCAAUGCAAAUUGUGAAACUUGUUUAUUAAUUAAAUUCAGUGCCCACUGACUGAAGUA